UGUGUGAUACCCCUGAACCGGCCUAGAAAGCAUCACUUCCCUCUCGGUCGUGCGCCUGUCUUAUCAGCUUUUUAGAGUUUGACGGCGCUGUCCGUCUUUAUAGUGUCUAAACACACUCGGUCCUUGAUGAAGCAGUAGCGAUAUGAGCGUGUCUGCUUCUCUCUGACACAGUAAGGCUUCGUUUCCUUUCAGAGGUUCAGACCGGGCUAACGUUAGCUAGUGGAGCUAAUUGCUAGGUAACGUCCGCUGUCAACACAUCAACAGUCACGUGAGAGCCGUUAGAAUCUAAUGAAUGGAGGACUCAGCAUCGGAGCCCGUGACGCAACCCUCAGCGGCCUCCGGUCAGCUGUCGGAGUCGGCCGGGUCCUCCUCCACGCACCGGGAUGGCCUGGCCAAGUGUCCAAGGAGACGGCGGAAGGCGGCGAGGUCGCAGCGACGGGGGGGUAGUGAUGAACAGCUGCUCGGGGAGAUUGAGCGGCGGAGGUUGCCUGGUCAACACGAGCACUCGGAGCCCUCUGGCUCGGCGAGUGACACAGCGGAAAGCUCUCCUAAGAGGAGAGCCCACUUUCUACAUGGACCAUAUCCAGCCACUCACUUCGGACCCAAAGCCUGUAUUCUGCCCAACCCAACUUCAGUCAUGCACAUCCAGGACCCGGCCAGCCAGCGGCUCACCUGGAAUAAACCGCCCGUCAAUGUGCUCGUCAUCAGGAAAAUCAGAGACGAGAGCCUCGUCGAGCCUUUCAAAGAGCUCUGCAGGUUUCUGGUGGAGGAGAAGCAGAUGAUGGUGUACGUGGAACGCAGGGUAGCAGACGAUGCUACGCUGUCAAAGGACGAGGCGUUUGGCUCCAUACGCAAUCAGCUCUGCACCUUCAGAGAGGGUUAUGAUGAUAUCUCUGACUGCAUCGACCUGAUCAUCUGUCUGGGUGGAGAUGGAACUCUGCUCUACGCCUCCUCUCUAUUCCAGGGCAGCGUUCCUCCGGUGAUGGCGUUUCACCUCGGAUCUCUGGGGUUCUUGACGCCUUUCAAAUUUGAGUCAUACAAGACCGAAGUGGCCAAAGUGUUUGAAGGCAACGCGGCCAUCACUCUGCGCAGUCGUCUGAAGGUGAAGGUGGUGAAGGACAUGCUUCAGAGAACAGGCCGAGAGCAGCAGGAGCACAAUGGACUCCUUCCUCACGGACACGCCAACAACGAGGCCGGGAAGGUCACCCUGCAGCUACAGGUGUUGAAUGAGGUGGUGGUGGACCGAGGCCCGUCCUCCUACCUGUCCAAUGUGGACUUGUACCUCGACGGACGGCUCAUCACCUCUGUGCAGGGAGACGGUGUGAUUGUAUCCACGCCUACAGGCAGCACAGCGUAUGCAGCCGCGGCAGGAGCCUCCAUGAUCCACCCCAAUGUACCCGCCAUCAUGGUCACCCCCAUCUGCCCACACUCGCUCUCCUUCAGGCCCAUCGUUGUCCCUGCUGGGGUGGAGCUCAUGAUCACCUUGUCCCCUGAUGCCAGGAACAACGCCUGGGUGUCGUUUGACGGCAGGAAGAGACAGGAGAUCCAGCAUGGAGACUGCAUCAAAAUUACUACAUCUUGUUACCCGGUGCCCUCAAUCUGUUGCCAUGACCUAGUGUACGACUGGUUCGAGAGCCUGGCUCAGUGUUUGCACUGGAACGUACGCAAGAGGCAGGCACGACUGGAGGACGUCUCCGACUCGUCCGACACUGAAAACUGAAUCAGCCGGUGCUUUCAACGCUCUCCACAGCAGCAGAGAGGGCGACGGUGUCGACAACAUUCUCGACACGUAAACGCUGGACUGUGAAAGUGAGAGCAUGCGUGUCUACAGCCAAAUAAGUAUUACGUUAGCUGAUGAAUAGCAUGUUUAUUGAGCAUACUGUGAUUGCAGUAUUUUAUACAUUUGAGAAAGCAUCGCACUACAUUCCAGGGCAAAAAUAAUCUGCAAUUCUAUCUGUAUUUUACCCGCAGAAAGCAGGAUUCUCACCCACAAAUGAAAAAAAAAACAAUUGCAGUUACUUAAAUGAUUGCAAUAUAUUCAUAUGUUGGAACACUCAUCGUCAAUGUGAUGCUCAGUGUGUAAAAUGUAGAGAUUACUGUGAUAAACUCUGGGGGAUUAUAGUUAAAACACACUGAUAGAUUAAGAAGAAAAAAAAGUGUAAAUGUAAAUUUGUACAUAAAAGAUUCAAGGAUAAAUGUAAUUAAUGUCAUAUUUAUGUGAUAUUUAUUUAGAUGUAAGCUUAAAAAGAACUACCGAAGGCUACUGUUUAUUUGUUCUGUACAAACAUCUUCAGCCGACUCUCUGUACAUCCCAAGAGAAGCUGGAAAGAAUUUCUUCUGUCGAUUGUCUUUUUUUCCCCUAAUUGCUUUCUUCUCUAAUUCUACAAGUCAGAUUGCAUGAUGUAGAACAAAACUAAAUAGAACAAGUUCCACCAGUCAUGUUAUUUUCAUGAUCAUUAAACUGUGAACAUGAAAGGAAGUAGUGCUAAAAUAAGUUUAAAUAC